AUGCCCGGUCCGAUCGGUUCGUCUCCCUACCGCGCUUCCCGCGCGCGGCUGGCGCGCCAGAGGCUCAUUUUGUUUAUUUUUCCCACCCUCACACGUCUCCUCCCGCUCUCUUUACUCGCUCAGGAUGCGAUUCUCGCCGCGGCCGCGGACGAGCUCCGGAGCUCUUCCGGCAGCGCGAACGGGGACGAGGACGAUCACGCGGGGAAAAAGAGCUCGCCGACGAGCACGAUCAAGGGGAACUCGAACGCGAGCGGCAAGGGCGGUAAGGGCGGCAAGGACGCGGGCAAGUCCGGGAAAGCGGGAAACGACGCGAAGCCGGGAAAGGCGAAGGCGGAGAAGAGCGUCGCGACGGUCGCGUCGAGAAAAAGCACCACGGGCGCCGACGGCGGCGGCGAUAAGGGCGACGACGCCGCGAACGGCGGCGACGACGCCGAGCCCGCGGUCGAGCUCGAGGCGAACGGCCGCCCGAAGCUCCCACGACCGGAGGGGAUCACGCCGUGCCCGCGAUGCGCGUCCGAGGAGACCAAGUUUUGCUACUACAACAACUACAACAUCAAGCAGCCGCGGUAUUUCUGCCGCGGAUGCCAGCGGUACUGGACCGCGGGCGGGAUGCUCCGCAACGUCCCCGUCGGCGCGGGCCGAAGGAAGAACAAGAACGGCGCCGGGCAUGCUGCGGGUCUCGGCGCGCACGACGAGGACCCUUCCGUCGUCGCGGGCCGCAUCCUCGCGAGCGCGAGCGCGCGCGGCCACGGCGCCGGCGGCGCAGCCGGCGCCGGCCAGCUCGGCGGGUUGGCGCAGGCGGCGGCGGCGGCGGCGGCGAAGGUGGCGGCCGCGUACGCGAUGGGCGCCGUCGGCGCUCAAGCUCGGGACCGCCGCGACGGCUCCUCGGACGGCAGCGCGACGGAGGCGGAGGACGGCGCCGCUGGCGCGGGUCCGAGGAGCGACACGGGUGGAUUCCCGAGCUUGAGAGCCGGGAGCGAAGUCUCCGGCGCGGAGCACGCGAGCGGCGUCCCGUUCGCCGCCGCUGGGGCGCGUUCGGCGGCGGCGCCGCGGGCGGUCUGAACCCGUUCGUCGCGAUGCAGGCGAUGCAUGCGAUGCAGGCGAUGCAGCACGCGGGCGUCGGCGGAAGUCCGUACGGCGCCGCGACCGCGCUGGGCGCGGGGAUGAACCCCGAGAGCGUCCAAGCCGCGUUGGCGGCGGCGCAGAUGGGAAUGUUCGGGUCCAACCCGGCGACGGCGGCGGCGGCGGCUUCGCGGUUCACGGGCGGGUUCAACCCGUUCGCGGCGGCGUUCCCGGGAGCGUUCGGUUCGGGCGGCGGCGCGACGGUGGCGCAGCCCGCGACGAGCGGGGAC